GUAACUACCGGAUCGAGCGACAAAGCGCGAAGGCGAUCUUUUCAUAUGAAUUGCUUCAAGUCCUUUUGGCUACCUUCCAUUAGACCUUGUUCGGGGCCAUAACUGCUUCUGACCUAUUGCCCUCACAGUGCUCAUUAAACUGUCCUUGAAAAUUCGGGUAAUGUUCGUUGAUACUCGUUGUCGUUCCGAAUAAAGCCGAAAAAUACGCGAGUGAUCUCUGACGCUCCGAAUCCGAAACAACCUCGCCGACGAGAGAUGACUCUACCGAGUGUGCAAGAAGGAGUCUUGUAAUGGCUCAUGAUAGAUAUGUGGAGCUAGAAAGACAUCCUCUCGGUGGAUUUGGUUUUAGUGUCAUCGGUGGAGUUGAUACGCAUCUGCCACCUAUGGUCUGUGCUUUGGUUCACAAUGGAUCGGCACAACUAACAGGGAAGGUUUUUGCUGGAGACGUCAUUUUAGAGGUUAAUGGUCAACAGAUUACACAGUUCACUACAAGUCAAGUUGUAGAAAGUAUUCGCAACACACAGGAUAAUUUGAGAAUCCGUCUAAGGGAUGACCCUGGGACUAGGGAGCGUGCACGUCCAUAUCUCAGAUCAUUUUCCGUUGCUGACCCUAAACUAGCCAUUUGCCAAGCAAGGCUGAAGAGAUCUGCUUCAGCACCAAAUCAUCGUAACCGCUCUCACACUGAUCAACUCCCUCGAAGAGCAAUCGCAAAGAAAGAAGACAAAAACAUGCAGAAGGGGACUAGCACAAGUACAGAAGAUGUCCGAGCUGUGGGUCGUAUGAGUCUUAUAGGAUUGGAGCAGGGCGUUGAUGGUAUAUUUGUUCGAAGAAAAGAUGAUGUGGUAGAAAGAGUAAUCACUGACUUUCCUGUGCGUGUUAAUGUCCCUUCAAGUAGAACAGAUAAAAUUAAUCGGCCUGAAAACUUUAAACGACAGAGUUAUCCCAAUGAGGAACACAGAACUAGUUGGGAAUCUUUACCAGAAAGUUGCAUUAAUUGUGGACAACCAGUUGAUUAUUCUAAAGACAUAGAAUACAAAUAUUCCAUGGAAUCAUCUCAGGCAUCAAAAUAUUUAACAUGUAGAAAAUGUGGGCAUGUCAGGAAUUAUUCUUCUGGUGGAAGAAGCCUUCCAGGAACCCCGUACUCAAAUCAUAAAACGCUAGAACCUUCUCCAUUUGGAUUGUCAACUAAACACAAUCAGUCACCAACUAAACUCAAUGGAAAUGUGAAUUACAAACCUGGUCCGUCACUUGGCGAGAAAGGAAUUACAUCAGCUAAUAGUAAAACUGCUUCAAGUGAUUCUAAAAGAGUACUUAAUGGAGGUCUUAAAAACGAAAAGGGAAUGUUUGAGAACUUGCCAGGCCCUGAUUCUGCUGGUAGACAAUACAAUGACCCACUUUACGAGAGUCCAUCAGCUUUAGCACAAAGACUGUUUAAUUUAGAUGGAUUCAGUAGAGAAGAGGUUACUCCAGAACUCAGUAAAAACACAACCUAUGGAAAAGCAGUGGCUAUUGAAUAUCUCAAAUUCUUUGAUUUUCAAAAUGAGACUAUCACAGAGGCUCUUCAGAAGUUCCUUAUGGCUUUCCAUUUGAGUGGAGAAACGCAAGAGAGGGAGAGAAUUUUAAUACCUUUUUCCAAGAGAUAUCAAGAGUGUAACAAUCCCGAGUAUGGAUCAGAAGAUGCAACUCACACUUUAGUCUGUGCCAUCUUUUUGCUAAAUUCUGAUCUUCAUGGUGAGACCCUUCAUAAGAAGAUGACACAAGCACAGUUUAUAGAAAAUUUGUCAGACCUCUGUGAUGGAAAAGACUUUCCUAAAGAUUUACUGAAGGCGAUAUACCAAGAAAUCAAAGCUAAACCAUUGGAGGGUUUCGGUUUUGAAAGGAUUCCUGCAUCAAGUCCAGGCAAGAGAACUCCAACACCAAAUGGAAUAAAGGGAACCCCUGGAAAUCCUUUUGUAGAGAUUCGAGGUAGUGACUCUGAUAAGGUAUACAAAGAAGGACUCUUGUACAGGAAAGUCACCAUGAGCUCUGAAGGAAAGAAAACUUCUGCUUGGAAAAGAAAAUGGAUGCCUUUUUUUGCAACCCUCAAAGGAAUGAUCCUCUUCCUCCACAAGUCAGAUGAGGUAACUGGGCCAGAGCAUACUAGAAACUGUUUAGGUGUACACCACUCUUUGGCCAGUCGAGCUACAGAUUAUAUCAAAAGGCCUUUUGUAUUUAGAUUUGUCACUUCCGAUUGGAGAGAAUUCCUUUUUCAAGCAAAGAAUUUUCGUGAUAUGAAUGAGUGGAUUGAUGCCAUUAACCUAGUGGCUGCCACAUUUUCUGCUCCACCCUUACCAGCACCUGUUGGUUCAUGCAAAAGAUUUCAGCGACCUGUCCUUCCUUUCUCCUGCACUCAGCUCUCUCUUAUGAAGCAGUUAGAACACCAUGAGACAAAGAGUAAAGAGGCAGAAGGACAGUUGAUUGAAAGUUUACAAAGCAAGCCACAGAAUGUAACUGGCAGAGAGUUUGAGGAGUGGCAAGAAAAACAUGAAUUCUUGGAUUAUGAGUACAAAAGAUACAAGAUGUAUGUGAACGUUCUGCGGGGAUCAAAGUUGGAGAGUAAAUUGCGAGAAAAGCCUCGUGGCUCCGGCAGCUCUGUCAACAUGUCUGGUAACAAUAGCAUUGAAGAUGGUGAUUCACAAUUCUUGGACAAGGAAAUUUAAUGUUAAUUGCAUGCUACCCUAAAAUAGCUUUAACAGACACUACAGACAUUGACCAACUUUCUUUCCUGCAUAGCAAAUCCUUAAAAAGGAGACUAAACUAUUGAAUCUUCCUCAGUGAAUGAUCAUGUGUGGAAUACAUUAUUUGGUUCCUCAUUGUGUGAUUCAGGGAGUUGGCCAUACUCACCCAGUUUAGACAUUUAAAAUUACAAUUGGGAAAGAGGAAGCUGCUCUGAAGCUAGAGCAUUGCGAGGCUCAAAUGAAAUUCCUGAGGGUUGGGGCUGGGUGGAAAUCAAUGAACACCUCAUGGGAGUAGUGUGGAUGUCUUCUAGAAAAACGCAUUUGAGGAGUUAUUCUACACAAUUUAUGAACAAACAAAAAAAACACAUUAUUUUGUAGCCAUGAACUGUAUUUGUUUCCAGACUGUUUGUUUGUUUGUUGACAAUACAGAUACCUACAUAGUUAAACCUUGAAUAAACUAUUGCAGGUUUGACGUCAUAUGCACAGGUUUGUAACUUGAGGAUACACUGCAAAAUUACAGUUUUUGACUGAUGAUAAGCAUGCAAAUAAUUUUCUUCUGUUAGCUAAUUCAUUGUAAUCUCAAAUAAAUUUUUGGAUAAUGGGGACAUAUUUUUGGUUGUUGCUAUCAUCUUUUUAAUCCUGUUAUUUUAAUUGAUAUGGCACAAAAGUCUUGGGGAAAAACUAUCUGGUUUUGUUAAAAAACAAUUUUUUUCAGAUUGCUUUUUAUUUGUCAAAAUUGGUAAACCUUUAAUUUUUCCAAAUUAUUUGACCUCUUAUGUUGUCAAAUUCUUCAGACUUAAGUUCAUUGACAGACCAUUGUUUGCAGAGAAGUUAAAAGUAGUCAUAAGGAAGGUGUAAUCCUCUUUGAGACUUAUUUAGAUAGUAGCAGAUAUCUUAAUUUGAAUAAUUACUUUCAAGGUCACAAUGCCUUUCACCUACGGAACAGGCAACUUUUUUUGACCUUUUCAGGUGAGCAGAGGUUAGCACAAGGCAACCAAGAGAGAGAAAGAGCCACUUGGGAGAGGAUGGGUGUUAAGAAAACUUGCAUCUAUCUCUCUUUUUCUCACUCUCCCUCUUGCAUGUAAAUCACAUUUGUACUUCUUGCUUGCCUGGUGCUUUUGUCCCUUGAAUUACUAACUAAGGCAACAAAUCACUUAUUCUGUGGGCUACCAUGCCUAAGAAUUUAUUUAUUUCAAUUGAAUUAAUAAUUAUAUAAUUGAUACAUGAAUGUACAUACAUCAAAUUGAUUUACUAAAACCUUAAAGGUUAUUAAUUUUUCCUAACUCAGUGUGAACUUUAAAUACAUUCAGGUCAAAAUGUUUACUUAAAGGACCUUGACACUUUUUGCAGACACAAUUUCCAAUUUUUACAUUACUAUUUAUUGAAAGUUAUAGUAAUAAAAUAAGUUCAUUGUGCACUUUGAAACAAGUUUAGAAGUAGUUUAAACAGAUUUAUAAGUGUUAGCAUUCAAGUGCAAAUAAGAAUUUGAAAACUAUUAAAAGUAUUGAUGAAAUCA